AAUACAUCUCUCUCUCCUAAUUCACUCAACCUUCCCACCACCCAUCUCUCUUCCCUCUCCAGUUCUUCAAACCAUGGUGGGAACUAGCACUUCACCUUGCGCUUCUUGCAAGCUGCUCCGGCGGCGGUGCGCCAAGGACUGCAUCUUCGCGCCUUACUUCCCUCCCGCCGACCCCCAAAAGUUCGCCAUCGUCCACAAGGUCUUCGGCGCCAGCAACGUCGCCAAAAUGCUCCUCGACCUGCCGGCGGAGAGAAGAGCCGACGCGGUGAACAGCCUGGUGUACGAGGCGAACGCGCGGCUGCGGGACCCGGUGUACGGCUGCGUGGGGGCCAUCUCUUACCUUCAGAACCAGGUUUCCCAGCUCCAAAUGCAGCUCGCUCUGGCUCAGGCGGAGAUCGUGUGCAUCGGCCAGAUGGUGGGGCAGCAAUCCCCGCCGUUCGAUUCCCAGCCGCUCGAUCAUCUCAACGGUCCGACGACUCCCGUGGACUGCUUGGACGACGUCGUGUCGGCGGUGGAUAACAAGCCGUUGUUUUUGUUGCAGAAUGGAUUGCUGGCCCUCAAUCAUCAUCAUCAUUAUGACCAUGAUCAUCACAUGUCGAUGAAGACAAAUAGCUUUUUCGGGGACAUAAUUUCUUGA